AUGAAAGCUCUAAUCUUUCUCCUCUUCUUCCAUUUAUUCAUCAUCUCCUCGUUCUUCCCCACUUCACACUCCUCCUCACAAUCCAAUUGCGCUCCGCUCAAAUGCAGCUCCAACGCCCCAGAGAUCCUCACCCCGUUCCAUCUCACAACCCACCACCCUCCUGGCUGCGGCAAACCAGGCUUUACCCUCUCCUGCAAACACAAUGCCACCACCAUCACCUUCCCGAACCACCUCAACUUGGUCAUCAAUUCGAUCUCUUACGACGAAAACAGAAUCGCCCUUUUGGACCCACGAAGGUGCGUUCACAGCGUGUUCCUCGACCUGUCCCUCACCCCGUUCGAGUAUGCCUACUUGGUGAAGGAGUUCAAGUACUUGAACUUCUCGGUCGGGCUCUCCGUGGACUCGCACGACGAAGUGGCGUGUUUGAGUGGGAGGUGA